AUGGCAAACAAUGAACAGGACAACUCCGAAGAGAACACUGGUAUUCAAACUAAGUUACUUUCUAUCCUACAAGUGCCUCCUUUGGCAUCCAUCUAUCCCCUGGCCGACCAGCGUCAACUUCCCACCCAAGAAGAUUACGUUCGGCCUGUCUCGGACAUCCAGCUAUCUCUCGACUAUCAGAGUUAUUAUACUGGAAAUCCGCUCAUGGCUCCUCCGACAGCCCAGUCAGCUAUCCGCCAGCAUCGCUGUCAUCAUAGUGUGAUAGAACGCCAGUUCUGCAUUGACCGUAUGGAAACAUGCAACUCAUGCGGAAGACGGCCAUUCCUCGGAUGGCUCUACCUCUGUGUUGAGGACACUUCGGGCUUCUCUGAUGCCUUGGAUCCCAUAAACGGCCCAUUCCUCAGUCCUUGGAUACUGAAAGCCAUGGAAGAUGGUCACUAUACGACAGAACAGAAGGAAAUCGUGAUUCACCAGAAGUUGAACGUCGUGAGGACGGCGGAGAGAGAAAGAGGCCCCGUACCUCCACCACUUUCUAUGCUCUAUGCAGAGCGUAGUGCGCAAACCGGUCACAAUCAGGAUGACCCAUGGGUAGAGUUGGUGGAGGAUGUCAGCCAGCGGGAUGAGAGUGCUUCCAGAACCGGCGAAUCAACGGUUCGCCUCGACCAUCCUGAGCAAACCUCGCAGCUACUCCAGCACCCACACCCUGCUCUUCCAUGCACCUUCAAGGCUUGUCGGUUCUGCGAGCGUCGCCAUGGUAACCUCGAGGAGCGCACCUGGAUAAGCCUCAAUGAAAUCUGCAAUGAUCUUUCUAUUCCCCCUCCAGACUCGUGGGAACUGCUCGAGAGGCCCGUCUCCGACGCUAAUAUUCUUCGGAACUUAGAGCUGCGCUCUCGGUGUAUCUGGGUAGGCUCCCCAGAGAUGAUUUCCUCGGAGCAUGGCAUCCCAGAAAGCCGCGAAGAUAUAAGCGUUAGGCUCUACUCUCAGGAGAAUAUCACGAGCACCAAUAUCCAUGAGCUUGUGGAUCAGUCUCUGAACGUAUCGAUCAAAAGUGACGAAACAGAACAAACCAUUGCAUCUUAUACGGGCCAGCUAAGUGAAAGUAUUGUCGUUGGAAUGACCAUCUCUACGUUCGAUGAUUAUUCCACAUCGUUUUCAUGGUCAGACCCGUUGGAGCAUGGUCAUGAUGAAAAGUAA